AAGCUGUUUGGAAACACCGCGAGACUACGCUGAGCCCCUGUCGUAGAGGACCGAGUGGAACAUUUAUUUACGUUUUGUGUUUGGCGCACUGGUUUAGAUUACCAGUUAACGGAUUACCGCGGAGGGCCAUUUUUUGAUCACUGACUGCUAAUGUCGCCUGCGGGUUGUUGUCCGUGUGAAGCCAGGAGGCUGAAAGGAGGAAAGUCCAUGAUACCGCGUGUCCUCCAGCUCUGUUCAUAGUCUUUUCCGGGUAUCACUGGAAAAUCUGGUUGCAUCUCCAUUUUCCACCCGAUUCUACUCUAAUCCAUCCCUGGAAGACGCAAUGGAAGAGCAACCAUUAUGAACAGAUACACGACCAUCAAGCAGCUCGGGGAUGGCACCUACGGCUCAGUCUUCCUGUGCCGCAGUCUGGAGACUGGCGAGCUUGUUGCUAUAAAGAAAAUGAAAAAAAAGUUUUACUCAUGGGAAGAAUGCAUGAACCUCCGAGAAGUCAAGACCUUAAGAAAACUCAACCAUGCUAAUGUGAUCAAACUGAAGGAGGUGAUCCGAGAGAAGGAUCACCUGUACUUUAUAUUUGAGUACAUGAAGGAAAACCUGUAUCAGCUCAUGAAGGACAGGACCCAGUUGUUUCCUGAAUCUGCUGUCAGAAACAUCAUGUUUCAGAUCCUGCAGGGGCUUGCCUUCAUUCAUAAACAUGGGAUUUUUCACCGGGACCUGAAACCGGAGAAUCUUCUGUGCAUGGGCCCAGAGCUGGUGAAAAUAGCUGACUUCGGGCUUGCGCGUGAGAUUCGAUCUCGACCGCCGUACACAGACUACGUCUCCACUAGAUGGUAUCGCGCUCCAGAGGUGCUCCUCAGAUCCACAUUGUACAACUCACCGAUCGACCAGUGGGCAGUUGGCUGCAUCAUGGCGGAGCUUUACACCUUCAGGCCGCUUUUCCCGGGCUCCAGUGAAGUUGACACCAUAUUCAAGAUUUGUCAAGUCUUGGGUACACCAAAGAAGAACGAUUGGCCCGAGGGAUACCAGCUGGCGUAUGCCAUGAAUUUUCGUUGGCCUCAGUGUGUUCCCAGUAAUCUGAAGACCCUGAUCCCAAAUGCGAGUCCUGAAGCCAUCCAUCUGAUGACAGACCUGCUGCAGUGGGAUCCCACAAAAAGACCACUUGCAGCCGAGGUUCUCAGGUACUCGUACUUCCAUGUAGGACAAGCUUUGGGCACUCCACAACAGAUCCUGGAGCAGGGCAGGCCUCAGAUGGGCCUUGCGCCGCUGCAGGCCCCUCUACAGUCCCAACAGACGCGACAGCUGCAGCCUCUGCUCCUCAGACCUGUGCCGCCCUCCCAGCCUCCACCUCCCAACCAGCACUGCUCUGCCUCCAGGCCUCUCCAGCAGACCCAGCCCUCCUCCGUGUCGGCGACCGCCCAGGCGGCGGCAUACCAGCGGCACACAGAGCUGGUGAGAGAGCAGCAGCAGCCAAAGCACAUCCUGAAGCAGGAGCAGCCCCGAGCAACGCCUCCGAGCCACCUUCCCUACAUCAUCGACAACAGUCUUCAGAGCAAGCAAACAAGUCAGCUGAAACCUCAAGGAGGUGGUCGGCGGCGGUGGGGCCACGGCACAGGACACCUCAAAGGCGACGACUGGGACGACUACGAAGACACUGACCUGACCUCUAUAAGUAUUCUUGGAAAAAGCAAUUUUGCUUCAGACAAGUCCAGGCAGAUGGAGGACACACUGAGCAGAUUUGAUAACGUUCUGGAUUUCAGUCAACCAAAUGGGAAGGAGGAUGCACCAUUAAACCUGAAAGAGACGGCAGCGUAUCAAGAGCCAUCAAGGACUGCUUCUGCCAAGCAACACUACCUGGGGCAGUCGAGAUAUUUACCCGGCAUUAUUAGUACAAAAAAGAAUGUGGCCAUAAAUGCCAGCAAAGACUUUGCUGGAAGCCAUCUGUGGGGCAGCAGCAGUAUUCCCUUUGGAGGGACUCUGCCGAGCAGAGGCACUCACGGUACCAAUACAAUCCCAGGCGGAUACAUGCCAUCGUUUUACAGAAAAGACAGCGGUUCUGCUGGUCUCAGAGGGCAACAGGGUACUUCAUCGGAAACAAGAGCACCAAAUUAUGCAACGUGGCGAGCUGGACGGAGGCAGACAAACACAUCGACUACCACGCCGUCGGGAAACAAGAGCACCCCCUGCCUGCUGCCUCGCCCGCCGGUGCAGUCCGUUCACGGACGAACCGACUGGUAUGCCAAAUAUGGACCCCGUUAGUGGCCUCCCAGGCGCACGGCUCUGUGCCCAAAAACCUUUUUCCCCUCCAAAGAGUAGGCCUAGAUGUUUUUCCAAUCAGAAUGUGUCAAUUAAUGUUACACAGCAAUAAAGUUUUGGGUAUGCAUACUAUGGAUGUUGUGAGUUGUAACAUAUUUAAGUGUAUGUGGACAAAUGCGACCAGCCAAAAUGUUAGCCCUCAGUGUUUUGUUUUGUUUUGUACCUCUGGAACGUAAAAAGACCGCCCCCUGUAUAUAUGAAGAGGUCACACCUUCGGUUUUGUAUCACAUCUCUGAAUGUUGUUCACCAACAUGUAUACAUUAUAUGCGUAUUACAACUGGAUGAAAUGUUCACUGUGAGUUGUUUUGACUGAAUAAUUACUUUGCUUUGUCUUUGUACAGUGGUCUUUUUUUGUUGUUGUUGUUGUUUGUUUUCCUCUACUGCUGUUUUCUUACAAUUGCCUUGCCAUUCAGGAAACUAUUGUUGAUGUAUUACAUGAGGUACAGAGCAGUGUUUUGAAUCUAUUGAACACAAUGCAAGCGACUGCCAGUGUACAGAUGACAGGCGUGUUUGUGGCCAAAAUGAGUGUGAUUACUGAAUCACAGGUUAUCAAAUGUAGUGAGAGGUUAGACUUGUUUGGUUUGAUCAGAUGUCUUUAUGCCUUAAAGAUGUUGUCAUAUUACCUACCAGUUAAUCUUACAUCAAGUGCAGCAGGAUUGUUUUUUUUUCGUUUUUCUUAAUUCUGUAAAACAUCACUGCUAAUGCUUUUGAUAUAACUAUUCAGUGUGUCCAUUCUGAUCCUGCUCAGAUCCAUUUUUCAGAAGAGCAAGCUCAUAAUGUAAAAGUACCUCAUAGCGAGAAGGUUUCCUGUUGGACUGUGUCAGCCUCAGUGUGGAGUCUGCAUGUUUACCCCCGUGUGUGAGUGAAAGACAGAGUGUGUUUGUCUCUCUGUGUUUCCCUGUGGUGGACUGGCAGACUGUCCAGGGUGUGUCCCGCCUUCUCUCCAUGUCAGCUGGGAUUAAGCUCACUCUCACAGUUUGAUGAAGCAGUACAGGGGAUGAUUGGAUGGCUGGGUCAUGUCUGUGUUCAGUCAAGAUGAAAAUUCUUAAAGUCAGUGCUCUGUAGUUAAAUGGAUGAACUUCAUUGAAUAUAUUGUAUUUAUCUGACUGAGGAAAAAAUGUAAUCAUUUACAAGCAGAGGUCAAUCACAGGGCUUAAGUGUUACUAUAUAUGGAAAUUUAAUAAAGGAAAUUGCACAUCUGUGUAGGAAGUGUUUU